GCCUGUAGAUGGCGCCGAUACUACAGUUAAGGUUCUACUUUUAAGGUAGAACGUAAACUCGAAUAAGAAGCUGGCGAAUAAGCAGCUAACUUCAGUCCCGUUUAACAGCGAAAGAUGAGGAAAACUAAAGGGAAAGCGAGUUCUACCGAGAAAGACUUUGUGUUCGAGUUCAAGGCAGGGAGAAAUCACUGCACCCUCAAAGUUCCUCUACAGUUUCCUGUUCAAGAGAACGUCAACGAUCUCCAUGGGAGACUCAUGCUGCUCCAUAAAAUCCCUUGCUUUGUAGAAAAGGACUUAAAGAACAAACUUCUGGUGUUCAUCGAGAGAGAAACGUUAGAAGAUUACGACCGCGAAGCUGAAGCAGCUUUACAGAAGAUCACGAAUGGAGAAGUUGAUAUUAAUAAACUGAGCAACAUGUGGGCCAAGGCCUACUCUGAGACGACGCUGGAACACGCCCGGCCCGAGGAGCCCAGCUGGGACGAGGACUUCGCAGACGUGUAUCACGAGCUGAUCCACUCUCCGGCUUCGGAAACGCUGCUCAACCUGGAGCACAACUACUACGUCAGCGUGUCCGAGCUCAUCAGUGAGAGAGACAUGGAGCUCAAGAAGCUCCAGGAGAGGCAAGCAGCAGAAAUGGACAAAGUCAUGCAGGAGCUGGGAAAGACGUUAAGCGAUCAGGACGUUAAUACAGUGGCAGCGCAGCACUUUGAUGCUCAGCAGGUGCUGGAGAACAAGUGGUCCAGUGAGCUGAAGCAGGUCACUGGAAUACAGAAGCAAGAGUACCAAGAGUGGGUGGUUAAACUACACCAGGACCUUCGCAACCCUAACAACAGCACCAUCACGGAGGAGAUUAAGGUACAGCCUGGGCAGCUGACCGAGGUCAGCGAGUUGGGGGCCAGAGGGUUCGAGGAGCAUCGACAGCUGGAGGAGAGCUUCACCAUUCAUUUAGGGGCUCAGCUGAAGACGAUGCACAACCUGCGGCUGGUGAGGGCCAACGUGUUGGACUUCUGCAAGCACAGACGCCACGGCAGCGGAGGCAGCGCUAAGCUACGGCGGCUUCAGAUGGCUUUCUCUCUCUACUCGUCCUCUCUCUGUGGCCUCGUCCUGCUCGUCGAUAACAGAGUGAACUCCUACAGCGGCAUAAAGAGAGAUUUUGCCACCGUGUCUCAAGAGUGCACGGAUUUCCAUUUCCCCCGACUUUCUGAGCAGCUGGAGGUGGUCCAGCAGGUGGUGCUGUACGCACGGGCGCAGCGCAGCAGCAAACAGAGAGAACAGCCGGAGAUUCCAAGAAAUGGGAGCAACGAUGAAAAAAACAAGAACAUCGAGAGAAACCCUGCGAACAUCCUUCCCGGUGAAUUCUAUAUCACUCGUCAUUCCAACUUGUCUGAGGUUCACAUAAUGUUUCAUCUAUGCGUGGACGAUAACGUGCGCUCGGCGAACCUCACGGCUCGAGACCCGGCCAUCAUGGGCCUGCGCAACAUCCUGAAAGUGUGCUGCACGCACGACAUCACCACCAUCACCGUCCCGCUGCUGCUGGUGCACGACAUGUCUGAGGAGAUGACCAUUCCCUGGUGUCUGAAGCGAGCUGAGCUGGUGUUUAAAUGCGUGAAAGGUUUCAUGAUGGAAAUGGCAUCAUGGGAUGGCGGCAUCUCCCGGACCGUUCAGUUCCUCGUCCCUCAGAGUAUCUCGGAGGAAAUGUUCUACCAGCUGAGCAACAUGCUGCCUCAGAUCUUCCGAGUCUCCUCCACUCUCACGCUCACAUCCAAACGCUGACCGAGUCUAACAGGCAUAGCACCGAAAAGGAAGAAGGACGCUUUGCAUCCGCACUUUUACCCCCAGAACGACAACGUCGAAGAGAUUUCUUUAUGCGAUCAUACAAGGCAGACCGAUCGAUCGUACUGUAUGUGGCAGGUUUUUUUUGUUUGUUUGUUUGUUUUUUUUGCUUAUCCGUCUUGCUCCGGCACAUUUUCCUAAUAAUACGUAUUAAAAUUCCAGAUGUUUGUGUGUUUAAGUAGUCCAGGAAUUCCACAGCUGUGAUUAUGGCGUACUUUCUCUCAGCUGUGUCUACUCUAAACGAUCAGCAUAUGCUAGCAAACUCGGUGACGACCUCCGGAUGCACCGGUGACGUAGCCAAGUAUUUAGACACGGAGUGGACACUGGAACAGAGGGGUUCAGGCACCAACAGGGGUUCAUGAAGUUUUUUUUUUACCGAGACCAAAAACAAAAUGGAGUUUGUUCCUGAUUUGUUGUGUCUAUGUUCAGUAUAGAAAGUCUUUGUCAUGAAUCACUUUUCUUUUAAUCAAAAUUAUUGUUUUAUUUUUUUAUGUUUUUUUUUAAAUUAAAAUUCUGCAAACUGAAAACAUCUGCUGCACUAUUUUUUGCUCGUAUCAGCUCGGUGCCGAUUCUGGGUAUCGGGUCAGUGCGACCUCCAAUCCAUCACAAACUUGGAAGUGUUUCACGAACCAACUUUUAAAAAUAAAGUUUUAUUUCAUGCUCUAAAAAAAAUCACCCUUCUCAUGUACAUCUUGCUGUCACGAGUCUGUCAUUAGAAAAGUUAAAGUGUGAAUGUGUGUAGUUUGUGUUCUUCACAGUGAUCUUCAUGAGAACUUAAAUGCGUGAUGACGAGCAGUUUUUUCUGUGCUGCAUUGCAGUCAGUGAUCCGAGGCCUCUUUCUGACCACCAGAGGACGCAGUGCCAAUGCGCCACUAAAAAAAAGUUGCUGAUCUCAUAUGUCAAGUGACACUGGCCAUGUGAGCAUGUAAAUCACCCAGUAGUCUAAGUGAUUUAGCACGUGUUUAUAUAAUAGAUGCCAAUUAAAGGCCAGACGUGCUGUCUGUAUUGGAUGACCUGCUGUUUGAUUUAGCUCCUUUCUUUUAGAACCAUGAAUAGUUUUUUAAUACAUUUGAAAUUGAAAUACGAUUUUUUUUUUUUACUUCUGUAUUUUUUUUGUUGUUGUUUUGUUGUUACAUCCUUAACAGACAUUGAUACUGUACCUUAAUUAAUCUAAAGCUCCAUGGAGAUGAUGAUGAACUUCCUGGCUAUAUGAUCUGUUCACAAUAAAAUACAGUAAUAUCUGAA